AUGGCAAGCAAGCCGAACUAUGUCUUGGUCACUGGAGCAACAGGCUUCAUUGGCGCCCAUGUUGUCGACGUCCUCCUCUCUCGAGGCAUCAAGGUUCGGGGCGCGACCCGCUCCCCUGCCAAAGGCCGUGCCAUGAUCGAGGCCAGGCCGCAAUUUGCCGACAGACUAGACUUCGUGCAAGUCCGAGACUUUGAGGAUACGGGCGUUUUUUCCGAGGCGAUCAAAGACGUUGAUGCCGUUAUUCAUGUUGCCAGCCCAUUCACCUACAACACCAAGGACAACGAGAAGGAGCUGAUCAUACCUGCCAUCAACGGCGUGCGCUCCAUUCUGGAGGCAUCAGUCACAAACUCCAAAACCAGCCGCGUCGUCAUCACGUCUUCGUUCGCAUCGGUCCUGGACGCCAACCGCAAAGCGCCCCCCUACUUCACAUACACGGGCAAAGACUGGAACCCUCUGACCUACGUCGAGGCUGCAGCACCCGACACAAGCGCCGUCGUCGCGUACCGAGGCUCCAAGAAGUUUGCCGAGCUCGCCGCGUGGGACUUUGUCGAACAAGAAAAGCCGCACUUCGACAUCGUGACGCUGUGUCCCCCGAUGACGUUCGGCCCGGUCGUACACCCAGUCGACAGUGUCGAAGGGCUGAACGAGUCCAACGCCAUGAUCUGGAAGAUCGCGAGCGGAGAGACUCCUCUCCCCGUGGCCCGUGUCCCCUUCUGGAUCGACGUCCGAGACCUUGCCGUCGCGCACGUCGAGGCGCUGCUUCGGCCUGAAGUCGGCGGCAGGAGAUACGUGCCGGCCGCGAACGACCGGUUCUCGUACGGCCUGGCGGCCAAGAUCAUUAUCGAGAGCUUCGAUUGGGCCAAGGGCACCGUUGUCGAGGAGGAGCAGAAGAUCGACGAGUCACACGGCCUGGACGGGGAAACGGCAGCGAAAGACCUGGGACUGGAGUACCGCACGUUCAACGAAACGGUCGUUGACCUCAUUAGGCAGGCCAAAUAUCUGCAGAGUAAUAUAGGGCAGUAG